GAUCUACAGCUAGAAUAUGGUCAUGGUCCUCAAUGUGGCUACUUCUUGGGUGCAAAUAAGAGUCUCUUAAAAUCAGUUGAAGAAGAACUGCAUCAGCGGGGACAUGUGGCACAUUUAGAAGAUGAUGAUGAUGCAGACGAUGAUGCUAAACAUGCUACUAUGAAACCUAAAGUACCACCUCCGUUACCGCCAAAGCCUAAAUCCAUCUUUAUCCCCCAAGAAACUCACUCUUCUGAAAAUGAUAAUCAAGGGACAAUCAAGAGAUGCCCAACAUCAGAGAGUCCAGCAAAAUCUGCAUCUCAGGUUCCGCCCAGACCACCACCUCCUCGAUUACCUCCACAGAAAUCUAAUGCUUUAGGUAAUGGUGUCACUUCUGUACAAUUAAAUGGUGAAAGAGAGGGAUCACCACUUCAACACAAUGAAGCCAGAGACACUAAUUUUUCAAGGAGAGAAAAGAAGGAAAUGCUGAAACCAGUUAGUAAUGGUCUUCCUCCCACACCUAAAGUACACAUGGGUGCUUGCUUUUCAAAGGUUUUCAAUGGCUGCCCUUUAAAAAUUCAUUGUGCAACGUCAUGGAUAAAUCCAGAUACAAGAGAUCAGUACUUGAUAUUUGGUGCAGAAGAAGGUAUUUACACACUGAACCUCAAUGAACUUCAUGAAACAUCAAUGGAGCAGCUAUUUCCUCGAAGGUGUACAUGGUUAUAUGUCAUGAACAAUUGCUUGUUAUCAAUAUCUGGUAAAGCUUCUCAGCUCUAUUCUCAUAAUCUGCCAGGACUCUUUGAUUAUGCAAGGCAAAUGCAAAAGUUACCUGUUGCUAUUCCAGCACACAAACUCCCUGACCGAAUACUUCCCAGGAAGUUUGCAGUGUCAACAAAAAUUCCUGACACCAAAUGGUGUCAGAAGUGUUGUGUUGGUAAGNNNNCCUACACGGGCCACAAGUACCUUUGUGGAGCGCUACAGUCUAGCAUUGUUUUGUUAGAAUGGGUUGAACAAAUGCAAAAAUUUAUGUUAAUCAAGCACAUAGACUUUCCUGUACCUUGUCCACUGAGAUUGUUUGAAAUGCUGGUAGUCCCUGAGCAGGAAUUCCCUUUAGUUUGUGUCGGUGUCAGUAGAGGAAGAGACUUCAACCAGGUGGUGAAGUUUGAGACUGUCAACCCAAAUUCUACCUCUUCGUGGUUUACGGAAACAGACACUACAGAGACAAGUGUUGUACAUGUAACACAGCUGGAGAGAGAUACCAUUUUGGUGUGUUUGGAUUGCUGCAUAAAAAUAGUGAAUCUGCAAGGCAGGUUAAAAUCCAGCCGCAAACUGUCAUCGGAGCUCACGUUUGACUUUCAGAUUGAAUCAAUAGUCUGUCUACAAGACAGCGUGUUAGCAUUCUGGAAACACGGCAUGCAAGGAAGGAGUUUUAGAUCAAAUGAGAUCACGCAAGAAAUCUCUGAUAAUACAAGAAUAUUCAGGCUUCUGGGAUCUGACAGGGUCGUGGUGCUGGAGAGUAGGCCGACGGAUAACCCUACAGCCAACAGCAAUUUAUAUAUCCUGGCAGGGCACGAGAACAGUUACUGAGAGCAGCAUGUGGCGGGCAGCUCACCGUGACAAGAGAAUGCUCCUGCUGCAGCAGCGUUCUUGGCUGGCUGAAAUUGCACAAAAGCUGCAGGAGCCCCACUUCAGUUACUUUAUAAUUUAUUGUGGCAUGAGAGGAAGAUGAGAAUUGUUUGUGGUAUGGACACAUAAGCAUUAAUGAUACCACAGAAGUGCUUGAUUUACUGUUAUGUAAUCUUUGUACAUACGCAGUAUUUUUCAGUGAAAAUUCUUGCUGAAGACCUACACUGACUUUUCUGUAGAUAGCGGUCCUCUUGUUAAGUACAAGUGUCUUACCUGUACAGAUGUAAAAGUCACUGAGGAUGCAAAAAUGAUAUCGGGGUACUAUUUUAAGGACUUCUCAUGUGUCAAGUGGGAUGCUAGCAACAAAUAUAGUACACUUAACAACACUAUUGUAUUUUAUUAUAUGUAAUUUACUAAUACAAAUAAAUCUUAACUUUUAGAAAUUG